GACAAAGAAACUUCAUGAACACAAUAAGUGACCUAAAAACAAGCCUGAAGGACGCGACAGCGGGUGAAAAUGCUCCGUCUCCUCUGCUGUUGCUGCGUCUCCAGCCGCAGCCCCAGCGAGAGGCAGCCUUUGUUGCAGCCCGGACCUCCAUCUGAAGUGGCUGAAGCUGAAUCAGCCAGACGGCCCCCCUCAGCUCACAAUGAUGCUCCGACAGCGAAAAGGAGUGGAAAGCUGGUGAUGAGACGGGUGAAUGUGCCGGAGUUGGAUCAGAGAUUUACCGACUUGGCAGAGAUAUUCAAUGAGCAGCAGGAACACUACCAAGCCAUGGUUGGACACAUCAGAAAGCUGAAACAGACCUACGACAGUGCAGACGUUGAUAACCUGGCUUUUGCUGAGUGCAUAGGGGCAAUGAGGAAGGAGCAGGAGACUACAUACAGGGUGUCUUUGAAGAUGAAGGGCUAUGACUUUGCCCUCAUAUUGGAUCCUGUGAGCCCAGAGGGAGAAACUGAGGAGGAGCCAUUGCCUCCAAGACUGCAGAGAGCCCAGAAUGAGUUCAGGGGGGUUUCAGACAGCGCUAAAGCCACCGUCUCAAAGGGUGCCAAACUCCUACAGCUUACAGACUGGCUGCUCCGGAACAACAGUCAACUGGUUGAGCAAGUGAAGGGAGCAGCAGAAACCUACCAAGAACAAGGAAGACUGAAUGACAACCUGGAAGAGAAUAUCAAGGAAGUGAGAAGGGCUAAAGAGUUAUCACAGAGAUACAAGAAACAGGUAGAUGAAGUUUACACUGAAGCUGCACAGAUAGCAGGGAUUGCUGUGUAAUUCCCACAGCUUUUAAAUAGUUCAUUUAAAUGGAAAAAGAAAAAAAAUCACAUCUUUUUUAUAUAUGUUAUUAUCUGGAACAGCUGAAUUACAAGCUUUAGAAAUGUUCUGUCUUUGUGACCGCAUGCUUGAUGGAAGACUUUGAAGUUUUGAAUUUAAAAUUUUCUCUUAAAUGUUAAUGAAGCAGGAAAACGAAAACAUUUUGCAUGUGGGAAACUAGAUCAUAGCAAAGAACGUUGCAUGUCUUUGUUUUUGUUUUUUUCCUUUUUCUUUUACAAAAAAAGAUAAAACAGCGGUGGGCAAAUUUAUCAUCAGCAAAGUACUCAGAAUCGAGGUAAGUUUUAGACUUUGUUUCUUAGACUAAAGAAAAUCAUCUUCAGAGGUUAAAAAUGCCACCAGAUAAUGUACAUCGCUAUACUUAGACAAUUAUCUAUAGAAAUGUUUAUUUUUUCAUCAAUUAUAGCAAUUUUUUUCAACUGCAAAACUACAUAUUGUCUAGGCAUUUUGUUGGCUUUUGUAGGCUUACAGACUCAGAUUAUUUGUUAGCUUUUUUAAUUGAUGUUUGUCCUCAUUUUUAUUAUUUCACUUGUGUUAUUUUUUUUACCACUGUCUUUUUUUGUUUUCUGUAUUUGCUUUAUUUCAGUUUGAUUCAUGAUUCAAUGAUCAAAGACACUUUUAGUCACGAUUCAUGUUGGUCUUAAAUUUAAAUAAUAAUGGCCCUAAAUAUCUUAGAAUUAACUUACUUAGACUGACUAAAGCACUGUUCGGCACCUUGUUUUGAUUUUAAUUGCACUUGUUAGAUUUCUUGCAGGAUAUUACACAUCUUAUGCGCUUUUUUGCCCCUCGAUGCCCAAAUACAUUUUGGGCAUACAAAAUGUAUUUUGUAGCAAAAAAAUAAAUUUUGCUACAAUGUAUUUUAACAAAAUGUAUUUGGGCAUUGUACAGCAGCAAAAGUGCUUGUCAAAUGUAAGCAUAAGAUAAAGAAAAAACAACAGCACUAUUAAUAAGACUACAAAAAACAAAAAUGAAAAUAAUAAAAUCAACACAUCAAACUGGAAAUGUAAAUCUUGACAUGUAAAAAUGCAGUUGCAUAUAGUGCUUUUUCUAUUUGACCAAAAAUAAGUUAAUACAAGAAUACAGAAAUUAAUUUAUCCAUCCGUUGCCUCCACAUGAAUAUCCUUUGAGGGUCACAGUGAGGACAGCCUGAAAAAGGCAAAUUCAGAAAUAUAUUAAUUUAGGGUGUGAUGCUUAUUUUCUUUUUUUUUCUAUCAUCUAUAUACUGUGGUUUUAGUGGUAUAGUAUAAUGAGAAAAUCCAGGGCCCACAUAUUUUUUUUAGACCACAUAUUUUAAGCUUAUCUACAUAUCGUAUGCCUAUCAGUAACCUACCUGUAAUCAAUUUUCUUGAGCACAUAACUAUAAAAAACAGAAGGGGGCAGCAGAGAGUCAGUUUACAGCUUGGUCUUUGUCACAUUUUUAGACUUCACAGUCUGGAUUAAUAAAAUUUCGAUUUUCUUAGUCCAUUUAUUUUACAAUAAACAUGCUGAUAUU